AUGGAUCCUAAAACCCUCAACCUAUCGCAAAAAACUUCCGACUUUGAUGAAAAUGCAAACAAAACAGAGACGAAUGAGGAUCUUAAUCGACUGCAGCUUAUAUCCUCGUCAGAUCAUGGCAACCACAUAUUGCCUAUGUCGGAGCACGAAACCACUGUGUUCUCGAGAGUGUCGCCGGUCAGAGGACAAUGUCUGAUUAUUCAGGGACUUCCCGAAUCCACAGCUAGUGCCUCCAAAGAGCGGGUCUCGGCAGACCUACAACUCUUCCAAUGCCUACUCAACGAGCUUCUGCGCGCCAAUGAGGAAGUUUCGGUUCUCAAGGCCUAUAGGCUUGGAAACCGCUCAAUCGACAUAUCAGAGCACUCACGUCCCCGACCACUCAAGAUUGUGUUAGCCAACCAAGAACAAGUAGGACUUAUUCUCUCACGACGAUUCCGAAUCAAAGACACCAACCGCGGCGUUUUUUUUUCAGCCGGAUUACACACCGGCAGAGAGAAUAAAACGUCGACAAUUAGUUCUGGAACUGAGAACAACGUUGCAGAAUGGCGAGACGGAUCUUGUGAUCUACAACAACCAGAUAGUGCAGCGCCCUCCUCUAAUCCGUUGGACCGAACCGAUCCGGAUGAGGGCACAGUAGCUUCCUUAAAUGGGAUCACAAACGGCACCAUAAUCAAACGCCCCAAAACUCUGAAACUAACAUUUUUUUACACCAAAGUGCAGAGUAUAUUGCCCAAGUUAGACGAACUGAAGAUCCACAUCUGUGACCUUUUCCCUGACAUUGUCUCUUUGACAGAAACCUGGCUGUCUAAAAACGUGGAUGACCGCGAAUUAAUGCUACCAGGAUUUCAGUUGUUUCGAAGAGAUAGGAGAGAGCGUCAGGGAGGAGGAGUCGUCAAGUACGUAAAACACGGCCUGCUUGUGUCAGAAAAAACAGAACAGUUUGCAUGCAGCGCCGAGACUAUCUGGCUCACUAUAAGGGUACCAGGAUCACAUAGCCUUGAAGUUCUGACCGUCUAUCAACCACCGAGGAGUGGCCCCGAGGCUGACGCUCGUCUGUUAGAGGAGCUAGGACGAUUUGCUCUCCGGCCUGACGUCCUAAUCAUGGGCGACUUCAAUGCACCGCUCAUUGAUUGGAGUUCACUAUACGCGCGCGGCCCAGAAGUAGCUUUCGACCGACGCUUCCUGGACAUGGCACUCAGGUCAUUUCUCACACAGCACGUCCUAUUUCCCACGAGGGCCCGUGAGGGGCAGCAGUCAAACUGCUUGGGCCUGGUUCUCACGAAAUCGAUGGACAGCAUAGAUGAGGUACAAUGUCUGCCUCCCUUAGGUCGAAGCGAUCACGUUGUACUUCUGAUCCUAAAUCUAAUUCUAAUCCUUACCCGAACCCUAGUCCCCUAA